AUGGCCUCGUCUACUCGGACGCAAAACAAACACUUGGCUCCGAUUCUCCCCACUUUCAAUUCACCUGUGUGCCAGGCUCUGUACAAUUUCAUACGUCUUCUUCUAGGUAUCGAUCAACCAUCCGAUCCAUGGCCCUCAUCUCCAAGCUCCGAACAUUUAUCUCUGUUUAGGAGUUGGCGUGGAGAUCCUUUGGAUGAAGGCCAACUCCUUGCCAUAUUAGAAAAAGAAAGGCUCAACAAUACUCUCCCACUCUAUGGCAAGAAAAAAGCUCUUCACGAAUCAAACCGACUAGCUUUCCUUAAACACUUAGCGAAUAUUCAAUUUCCUCAUCCAUGUUUUAACUGGAACGAGCCCUCGUCUUCCGCGUGGAAUGCAGCAUUUUCCCGACUCAUCUUGCGACAUUGGAAUUGCGGCCGAUUAGCUGGAAGUUUUUUGGCAUACCCCAUGGACCCCAAUGCUGCUGGCAAACCGUCGACUAUUCUAGGUCUCAUUAAUCGAUGGUUCAAUGGCAGGCGCGAUUCAAUGCUAAAGGAAGAGAGGAAACCAGGCUCCUUGGAAGCGCAGAAGAAGCUUUGCAAGAGAAGUCGCUGGCGGAAAACGCUUGCUAAGCAUCGAACUGAUACACUUGAAAAGUUGCAAGUGCCCGAGAAAUUCCGGGGAAUUUUUGAAGAUCCUCUCUGCAAUUCGGACACCGAAAGCCUUGAGGAUGGAACUCUUGUCAAAGUGCAACUCGAAUGGCGCUCUGAGUUAGCCUCAUCGUUAGCAGCCAGGGUGGAUCAGCUUACAAUUCGAAGGAAAAUCGAGGACAACAGAAGAGCCUUUGGUUCAGGCCAGCUGCUGGAAACAUGUCGCCAAAAUUCUACCAAAAACAAUCAACCUCGUAGAAAAACCAAAGUUCCACGGGCUAAGGCGGUGGAUUUCUACGAUGAUCGGUUUCUCGAGGGCCUCGAAGAACAAUCACGGUACCAAAUUUGUGCUGAAUCUCCCUUGGGCUUGUCAGAUCUGUGGUUUCAUUUAGAUAAAAGCCUCGGGCCUUCACAGUAA